UCCGUUCUCCAGCAGCUCAGCGGCAAGAGACGCAGACUGAAACACCCCCCACCCCUCCCCACUGAUUUUCUGCAAGGCUCUAGCGGUGAGUGCCGGUUACAUGCCUGGUAUAGCAAGCGAGAAAGCUGUGAGGGGCUGGCGCACUGACACACACAGAGCGGCGGGGUGGUGGUGGUGGUUGCAACCAGAUCCCCUUCGGUGCCAAAGCUGGGACAAAACUGCAUCAUGUUUGUUGCUUGUGAAGGGAUUUUUGCAGCAGCGACCGUGCCCUUCUGCGCAACCACUUGCGUUUGGCAGGAUGCCAGAUGGACGCCCCCGCUCCUUUGCUGAAUUCGUGUGUCGUAAAGUUAAACAAUGUGGGAUCGAGAGAGGAUUAGGACCGGUGUGUUUGUGUGUGUAGACAAAACUGCUACAAGCUUAGGAGGUAUUUAGGUGCAGGGGUGGAAACUGCCCAGCCUCCCCUUAGACUGUGUAUAGCUGGGAGAGGGAAGCUGUGCCCCUCCAGAUGGGGACUCCGACUCCCAUUAUCCCUGAUCACUGGCAAGGUUUAGGAGCUGGACUCCAGCAACAUAUGGAGGGCCACAAGUUCCCCAUCCUUGCUGAGCAGCAGCCUUUGCCAGUCUGGUGUCCUCCAGAUGUAGCUGGACUCCAGCUCCCAUCACCAUAUGGGGCUGGCUGGGGCUGAUGGGAGUUGUAGAUCAACAACAUCUGGAGGGUACUAGGUUGGCAAAAACUGCUGUAUGGGAAUCAGCUGUGCUGCAGCUGAGUAGCAGAGUCUCUCUGUUUAUAGGCCUCAUCACCCUCUGUUCAGUUGUUCAGUUUGUCCAUGAGUUGCCCAGUGUUCAUUUUGCAACCUCCAGGACACCCUAGGCUCCCAAACCUACUGCCUUUCCCUUGUUUGGCCUGUAAUCUGUCUAAAGUCAUGAAAAUGCUUUGGGUUGGUGAACUAAAUUGUUUUUACAAUGGUGGUGCAUGAAGGCAAGCAGGAAUAUCUCUGCACCCCAUCAGUCUGCAGAGGAUGCUCUGAGAAACAGGUCACUGGCCACUUAAAAAUGGUUACCAGCUCUUGGUCAAAGAGUGGGGAACCUGUGUGUCUCUUGGUGUUGUUGGGCUCCAACUCCUAAUGCCCCUGCCAGCAUGGCCCGUGGUCAGGGAUGAUGGGAGUUGUAAGUCAGCAAAAACAUUAGAGAGCCAUGAGCCUCACCCUGCCCCAGCUGUAGGUGAAUUCCAUCUCCAUUGUACGUUUCCGAGCACAAUUCAAAGUGUUGGUGCCGACCUUUAAAGCCCUAAACGGCCUCGGCCCAGUAUACCUGAAGGAGCGUCUCCACCCCCAUCAUUCUGCCCGGACGCUGAGGUCCAGCGCCGAGGGCCUUCUGGCGGUUCCCUCAUUGCGAGAAGCAAAGCUACAGGGAACCAGGCAGAGGGCCUUCUCGGUAGUGGCGCCCGCCCUGUGGAAUGCCCUCCCAUCAGAUGUCAAAGCGAUAAAUAACUACCUGACAUUUAGAAGGCAUCUUAAGGCAGCCCUGUUCAGGGAAGCUUUUAAUCUGUGAUAUUUUACUGUAUUUUUUGUUUCUAUGGAAGCCGCCCAGAGUGGCUGGGGAAACCCAGCCAGAUGGGCGGGGUACAAAUAAUAAAUUAUUAUUAUUAUUAUUAUUAUUAUUAUUAUUAUUAUUUCUGUCUGUCAAAAGUCACAGACAACAGCCUCUCUUCAAGUCACGUUGUAGGUGUUUUAUUUUUUGAAAAAAUAUAUUGCAUGCUACUGCCAGGGUUUGCCAAAGUUCCACAGCCUGAGGCAAUGACAUUGCUGGGGUGCAAAUUUGGAAGGAGCAGAGAAAGAAAGAAACCAAAUUGUGAGUGUCCUCUGCGGAUGUGUGCCUUAUCACAGCUUCUCAAAAUGGUUUACCACCCAAUUGUGACUUGUGGGGUUUCAGCUGAGGGCUGUUUCACACAUGGCACAGACCAGGAGAUGGGGAACCUGUGGCUCUCCAGAUGUUGUUGGGCUCCAGCUCCCAUCAACUCUGACCAUUGGCCAUGUUAGCCGAUUGGAGUCCCACAACAUCUGGAGGCCACAGGUUCCCCAUUCUUGACAUAGUCCAAAAAAGGCCCUUAGUGAUGGAAGCUAUGGUCUGCCCACAGGUCAGAGGUAUUAUGCCUCUGAAUACAAGUUGCUGGAAACUGCAAGCAGGGGGAGCACUUUUGUGCUCAAGUCCUGCUUGCAGGUUUUGCACAGGCACCUGGUUGGCCACUGAGAAGAAGAUGCUGAACUAGAUGGGCCAUUGGCCUGAUCCAGCAGGCUCUGCUUAUGUUAUGAUUAUGUUCUGCUUAUGUUAUGUGGAAGCCGCCCAGAGUGGCUGGGGAAACCCAGUCAGAUGGGCGGGGUACAAAUAAAUUAUUAUUAUUAUUAUUAUUAUUAUUAUUAUUAUUAUUAUUAUCAUUGUUAUUGUUAUUGUUAUUUUCUUACGUGGAUGUGACCUGUGUGUGGGUUACACAUUUUGUUCCUAUAUUUCUCUCUCUUACUCUCUUUUCCCCAGCAGGGAGGGUGCACAGAUGUUCGCCAUGUGUCAGCCAGAGAUACCCAUUAACCCGCUGUUCAAUGAGGCAAAGGGGAACUCUCAACUGGACACUGCUUACCUUGGUGGAAGGGACUGUCGGCCAGAUACAAACCUCAAUUUCAUGGGCAAGGAGGCCUAUGACACCAAUGAGAACUGGAGCCAGUGCACGCCAGGGGAAUCGGAGCAGCGAGGAGGGAACAAUGAACUGGAGGCAUCUGAUAACCAAAUAGUGCUCAUGCAGAGGCAAAUUGUAAUGAGCCAACCACAGGAUGUCCCCCAGGGCUUGAAGUCUGGUGGCAUGUCCUUUGCCUCUGAAGAAGAGGAGGAGGAGGAGGAGGAAGAAGAAGAAGAGGAGGAGGAAGAGGACAUCCGCAGACCACCAGAAGGAGCAGAAGUCAAUGACCCAGAGCAUGAGAAGGUGGUGACCAAGGAGAGGAUAAAAGAAAGGAAGCUGGCCAGCUCCCCUUUAGAGGACAAUGGUUAUGCCAGCAGUUCCCUAAGCAUUGAUAGUCCUGACAGCGGGGCAGCCAGUGCUUGGGACAUGCUUGCUGUUGCCACUGAAGACUGGAAGGGUCAUGGAGAACCAUGUUCCGCUGCUGACGCUGAGACAGAGAACUCACCUCCUAGUUCCGAGACCCUCUUCCCAGCACUGGCUGAGGCUUUCCGCAAUCUUCAGGACAAGAAGAAGUUCAAGGAGCAGGAGAAAGAGAAGCACCAUGUCCACUUGGUGAUGUAUCGUCGCCUGGCUUUACUCCGCUGGAUCCGCAGCCUCCAGCAGAAGGUGGUUGACCAGCAAAACCGGCUGCAGGAGAGCUUUGACACCAUCUUGGACAACCGCAAGGAACUCAUUCGAUGUGUCCAGCAAGGCAUGGGUUAUGCCAAGAACCCAGCUCAGGCAGAAUUGUAAAGCACAUGACACGCAUUCGCACUUUUCUCUUUCUGUGGGCCCUUCAGUCCUUAGCUUGGUCACACAAGCGAGGUGCCUACAGAUUUCCAUAUUUGCAUGGGUGGGAGACUUGUGCUUUUUAAAAUGUUUGAUGUUCCUCCUGUGGUAUACCAGAGCAUCAGUAGCCCACUGAGCAUGGGCAUAUUGAGCCCAGCACAUGGUCCAUAUUAUUUACAAGUAGAUGCAACUUUUCAAGCUUGUUUCACUCUUUAUUUUGGUGCAUGGCUUCUCUUGGUGAAAUGCAAACACAGUGGAUAACAAAAUGGAAUACAGAGAAUCUGAUCCUAUGAUAAGGUCUCAAGAACAUGAAUAAAAGCUGGGAAGGACAUUGGUAUAUAUGCCUUGAAGCCUGAUGUCUGGGACCAGGAGAAAGGAGCUUGAAAGGGGUCAGUUGCCAUUGGCCUUUAUGCCCUGUGUUGGAGAAAGGAACUUCAAUCUGGCUCAAACCAUGAUACAAACAGUUUGGAGCAGAAUCCUCAUGAUCCUGAAUAUCAGGUGAUGCAAGACAGUCAAUCCUGAUGAUACUUUGCCCGUUGCAGCUUCUAGAUCUGUUACAUUCCCUGAGUCUGAGCUACUUAUUUUUCUAAGUGAAGCCAGAAGGCUACCCCACUGUGCUUCCAGGUUGUUUUCCUGCUGCCUGCCUUCUACACCGUCUCCUGGUCAUUUCCCUGUCAUACAAUCAUAGAAUUCUAGAGUUUCAUUUAGUCUAACCCCCGCAAUGCAGGCAUCACAGCUAAAGAAUCACUGACAGAUGGCCAUCCAACCUCUGUUUAAAAACCUCCAGUGAAGGACAGUUCACCACCAUCUGAAGCAGUCCAUUCCACUGUUGAACAGCAUUUACUGUCAGGAAGUUCUUCCUAAUGUUUAGUUGGAAUCUCCUUUCUUGUAAUUUGAACCUCUGGAGCAGCAAAAAACAAACUUGCUCCAUCUUCCUUUUGUGCUUGUCAACUGCAGAAACAGUGGUGUUGGCUCUGUUUCCCAUCCAGGUCCAAGCUAUCUGUCCUAUUCCACUUCCUAUUCUGCUUCCAGGUACCUCCAGCAUAUUCAUGCACUGCUGAUCCUGCUAGCACUAAAAACAAGGUGCCCGGAAUGGGGGGGGAGCAUGGAGAGAUUUAGAAUGAUUAGAAAAUGUGACUAGUUCUCAUGAUUAUUUUUCUGCUUUUUAUUUUUUAUAUAACCAUUGUUGAUUCCGUCCCUGCUGCUGCCCCAGUUAGUGUGGGUUGACUUUGCAUGCACAGGAUAUUGCUUUUGUUCAUAGCUUAGCAUGUGUCCCAAAAAAACCCUCACAUGCAAACUACCCCAAAGUUGUUAAGCUUUCCGAUUCUGCGCCAAUCCUUGAGGAUGUGCUGAACCAUUUCACAAGUCUAAAUCUACAGGUUCAAAUGCAUAAUUGCAUUGUCUGUAAAAACUGCACCUUUUAUGGAUUUUGAUCCUAUAAGACAACAUUCUUGUGACAGAAUACUGGCUUUCUGCUUGCAAGAUGUCUUAUUUAAGUUUUAAAAGCAUUUAUAUUUUGCAUUUCCUCUAGUGGAAAUAAGAGCUAAAAUACAACCCUGGUGGUCUAGGCUUUUAGGGCUAUUGCUCUAAAUGUUUUCUCUAAAUAAAUUAAACCAAAUCAAUAUUUUUGCUUUGCACCAAAAGGAAAGUUGUUCUCAAGAAAUAUUCUGGACUAAUGUCCAGAGAUUCAUUAUUUGUAAUGAUUGUUGCUAUGUUUUGGGAAGGUAUCAGUCCAGUUGCACAACUGCAAAAGCAUGCAGUGUUGGAUCUUGUUGGUGAACAAUGACUGUCACAUGGCUCAAAGCUUAUGAAAACUGGGAGUGUGCAGCCAGCUGGAACGUGUCCAGAGCAGCAGGUUCCUGCCCACCCUGCAUGUGUCUGAAGCAAAAUGGUUUUUAAUAAAACAGGUUGAAUACGUCUAGCCUGCUAGAAGAAUGGACAAGACACUGUCUCUCCAGCUGAAAUCUUUUGUAAUGUUUGCAGACCUACCAGUCCCAUCUGGUCCAAAUGGUGUCAGGUGCAGUACAGUGAUCUGGCAAGGAGGGAAGUUGCUUCUUCCUGGCUGUCUUUCCAACUAUUAUAACUUUUUGGGUCUUGAAUAUUUUCACUGCUGCUGUCCAAUAUAUUAAGGUUGGGCUUGUUUUUUUAAAGCUGUCAGGGCUGGAACAGCUGUCACCUAGUCAAAUAUUUCCAGUGGACCAACCUUGGUCAGAAACUGUCAAACGUUUCGAGGUGCUAAAUAUUUGCACUGGCAAAAGAGUAAGCUCUAGUGCAAUAGGAUUUCCCCCUUUUUCCUCUGCAUGCAUGCCAUCCCCAAUUCUGCUCUGAAGGAUUGGGGGAAAAACCAGAACUGAUUUAAGAGGCACCUGCGGUGCUGCAGGGAGGAGACGGGGAGAACAUUCUGUUGCACAAGGAGAAGUCCUGCUGAAACAUUGUCCUUGUCACUACGUUGAAUACAACACUUCAUGCUUAAGUGCCCUGUGGUCUGGAAAGUGGGCUCACCUGCAUGGACUUUUGUUGCACUUAGAAGUAACCACCUCCUGCCUCCUUCUCUCUUGAGAGGCUUUUUUUUUUUUUUUUUUUUUUUUAUAAAUUUUUAUUAAUUUUCCAAACAUAAGAUAAGAAAGCAAACAAUACACAAAACACCGACAUACAAACAUAUAAACAUGUAUAAUUUCAUAGCCAUUUUUCAUAAACCUUACUUUCCGGACUUCCCCAUACCUCCCCUUUUCUGCAUCCUUGUUUUAUAUUUCUUCAGCAACUCCUCAAUCAACUAAUUAUUCAAUUCAAUUUCUUUUAAGUUCUUCUAAUAUUAUUAGUUACACUCUCUUGAGAGGCUUGGUCCUCUCACAUCCCUCUCUCUCUAGCUUCUGCUGCUGGAACAUAUGCUGUUACCUGUGGCCCUCCAGAUGUUGUGUCUAGUGGAUAGGAUAACAGGAGCACAGGCUUCAUCUCCCAUUACUGUAGCUAUUCGGGCAUCAGUUGGUAAUAUUGAACUUGAGAACUGCCUAAGGGUUUUGUUUUGUUGCUGUUGUUUUGUAGACUGAUGAAAAUCCAACCUUAACAUGAAAGCAUCUCCCAUAAUCGAACCUGUCUUUGGACCAAGUCCAUAGGGUUGUAUCCAACAUUAGCCAUACUUGGUGGAGACCCAGUUGAAUGAAUGGGCAUGACAAAUUUAGGUCCAUUAAUUUCAAUAGGUCUAUUCUGAAUAGAACUUAGUUGGAUACAAUCCCUAGUCUUUAAGAUGCAUUCGUGUUUAAAGCUGCUACCCCACUGACCUUUGUUUAAAUUAUAUUCAAGUUUUACUUGUUACAUGCAGAGUAUUUUUUUGAAUGUCAUGUGUUUACUUUUAGACUUUUUAAAAAAUGCAGAUAGCUCUAUUUAUAGUAUAUAUAUAUAUAUAUAUCUAUAUAUAUCUAUGUAUUUUAAACAACUGGUGCCAUAUCAAGAAACUCAAAUCCUUGGGUUGGGUUGAGGUGAGAAUGAGUCUCAACUCUGAUGUUUUAUCAGGCUGAAGAGAAUGAAGAUUAUGCGUCCAACAUCAAAGACAAGAUGUGAUGUGAAAUGUAUGUUACUGUUGUGUAUUUUUUUACAGAAUGAAUUUAUUGCAUAGUAUAACAUAUUUAUAUCAGGAGACUGGAUUAGUGGCAUGAAUUAGCAUUACUACCUGGGAGUAUUUGUUGUUAUUUGCAAUCAGUAAUGCAAAUUAGGAACAAUACUGCACAUGUCACCAAAAGAUGAAAAGAAAAUUCAGUUCUAAUUAUGGGCAAAACAUGAUUAUUAUUAUUUACUUUUAAACCACCCUUUUACCUAUAGGAUCCCAGGGUGGUUUACAAAACAGAUAAAAUACAACAUCACAGAACAAUAUUUAAAUAGCUAAAAACCUUCUUACCGAAAUUCAAAAAUGACAAUGUGAUACAUUCCAUACUGCAAGUGUUUGUUCUGAGCAAAAUAAUCCACAAGACCAUAAAGUGAGAACUUGCUGUUCAUUCCCUGGGGAAGGCAGUUGAAUGUAGAGCUCUAGGACAUGCUCAUAUAUGGCCAUAUUGUGGUGGCUGGAGCACCAAAAAGUUUGCCUCUAAUGCUAGAAGCUGCUGGGAGCAAAAGCUGCAUUUUUAAAAUGGUAUUUCUGCACUGAUUAGGAUCACUCUGUUGUGGGUGAUGGUCCAGUCAGAAAUGAUGGAAGAUUCUAUAGCUAUAUGACUGCUUUAAACUGAUUUAAUAGUCAUUCCCCUUUCCCAGUUUUUAGGGUAUGGUGGGAGGUGUCACGUACAGAUCUCUGGGCACCCUACCAAACUAUAAUUCCCUGUGUCCAUUCCUGGAUGCCGCUAAACGGGUAAAAGCUUGCUAUGUUUGUGGUAUAGUACAGACUAUUAUGUAUAAAUGGGUGGUUUUUGUAUGUGCAAUAAGUAAGCAUGUGUAUUGCUUGUGUGUUAUUUUUCAUUUAAAAUAAAAAGUCCACAUGCCUGCUCU